AUGCAGGCUCAGGAUAUGACUGCCCAAGUCAACCGGCAGGAUGUUCAGAGUGAGAACCCACCGGUUCACAGCAUGGCUGACAGACUGCGAGAUUUCACGAGGAUGAAUCCUCCUAUAUUCACAGGGACUAAGACAUCAGAUGACCCUCAACAGAUUGUAGACAACGUGCAUAAGAUCCUUGUGGCUAUAGGGGCCACUAAUAUUGAGAAGGCUGAGCUGGCUUCCUAUCAGCUCAAGGAUGUAGAGGACAGCCGCAUAAAGAGAGGUUUUCGUGAUGUUAGGAGUGCUAGGCCUCAUGAUCAGGAAGGUCCCAGCCACGGAGGCAACAUAAACAACUUUAGCGUCCGUGAGAAGCCAAGGUUCAAAAAGGGGAAAAAGAGUUUUGGGAAUUCCAAUCCUCAGGGGGGUGCUACACCUAGAGGAGCAAGACAUGAGCCCAAGAAAGGCAAUGGAGGUGAGAUGCUGCGUCCUAAGAAGUAUUUUUCUAAGUGUGGCCGAGCUCAUAAUGGAGAGUGCAGACAGUGCACAAAUUCCUGCUUCGGUUGUGGUACGAGAAGACACAUAGUUAGAGACUGUCCACAGAACAGAGGUAAUGCUGGAGGUAAUGCUCAGCCUAGGCCUAACCCACAGGGUGCAGCAGCAGCCAAGCUUCCCAAGAGGAACAGAUUCUAUUCCCUGAAGGGGUCUACGCUUUCCUUUGUUACUCCUAUGAUUGACCAUACUUUGGAAGUACUACCUGAAGUUCUGCAUGAUCCUAUAGUUGUUAGUACGCCUUUAAAAUGUGUGGAGGUGGAACCAUGGAAGACUGAGGCUGUGAAGAACUGGCCGAAGCCUCUUACUCCCACUGACAUUCGUAGCUUUUUUAGAUUGGCUGGUUACAACCGCAGGUUUGUGGAGGGAUUUUCUUCCAUUGCUGCCCCAUUUACAACUCUGACUAAGAAGAAAGCCUAG